CGUUGAUUUUCUUGUGGGUAAAAAAAAAAAAAAAAAAAUUUACGAUUUAGGCCUCGCUUCCUUUUUUUUAUAACAUUCAAAAUAAAAAAUAUUGUAAUUUAACAAAAUGAGUGCGGAAGAACAAGUGAAUAAAGCAAAGAGUGCACUUAACACGGCCUUGAAGCAAGAAAAUACUCAAGCGUGUUUAGAAAUUUUAGAUACGUUAGGUAAAAUUAAAGUGAAUGGAGAAUUAUUAAAGAAAACUGAUAUUGGUAAAACAAUUGGAAAAUUAAGAACACACAAGGACGCCAAAUUAUCGAUUAAGGCCAAAACCAUUGUAAAGAAAUGGAAGGAUGAUGUUGUACGCCAAACAGAUACUACGCCAACAAAUAGACCACCUUCAUUAAUCAAUAUCUCACCUUCAGCGAAAAAAGUCUCUCCCGCCUCUUCUCAAACAUCAUCACCAAAAACACCCGCCACCGAGGGUCCCCCACGUACAGUCAAAACAGAUGAAGUGUCCUUCAAAUCAACAGGAAAUGUGCCCCGUAACAAGACAAUCGAAUUGAUGUAUGCAGCCAUUGGAUUCGGUAGUGGAGCAGACUCUGAUUUAUUAUUAAAACGCGCAAUAAGUAUUGAAAAGACGAUUUACAUUGAGUUUGGAGAUAUCAAUCAAGAUUAUAAAAACAAAGUACGUUCAUUGGCUUUGAAUCUUAAGAAUAAGAGUAAUCCAGGGUUACGUGAGAGUGUAGUUAGUGGUGAAUUAUCCAUUGAGAAACUUUGUAAGAUGAGUGUUGAUGCAAUGGCUUCAGAAGAGGAUCAGGCACGCGACCGUAAGUUGGCCGAGGAAGCACUAUUCAAAGCAAGAGGCGCAGGCUCGGCUCAAGCUGAAACAGAUAUGUUUAAGUGUGGUAAAUGCGGUGGUAGAAAGUGUACGUAUUUCCAGAUGCAAACAAGAAGUGCGGAUGAACCCAUGACUACCUUUGUUACUUGUGUAAGCUGUGGAAAUCACUGGAAAUUUUGUUAGAUUGUAUACUUUUCUUUUCUAAUUACAAUAAAGCUAAAAGUAACCUGUUAUCCCCAUCA